UGUUCCUCACGCUUGCGCAUGAAAUUAACUGCAAUUACACGGUUACGAGUAUUUAUACGAUAUAUGUUGCACGAGUGUUGACACGAAAAAGCUGUCCCAGUGAAAGAAUAGUGAGAUAUGGUAUUGGAGUAAUGAAAGCAAACAGACGAGAGGCGAUGUUCAAAGGCAUUAUGUUGAAUCAAUGUUGGUGAUCGGGGUGAGUGGAAGUUCUCUCUGGAGUUGAUGGAGUAGAUUCAGCUGUGUGAAUUGAUUUAUUUUUGCAAGGGGGAUUUCUACCACAUGAAUGUCACUCAAUCACUCCAGAUUUUAUCCCAUCUGGAUGAUUUUUCUCGGAUUCUAAGAUAAUCAAAGCUUUUUGUACUCUUGUCGUAUUUGUUCCAACCUAUUAAAAAUGAAGUACGUCAUCCAUUGAUUGACAUUUUGGGAGAAAAUUUUGGUUAUUAAACAGUUGAUUAAUGCUACAUAUAUUUUGAACAUAAUCCAAUUUGCAACUGAUGUCAUUCAUGGUACGAAUGCCCAGAUGACUCGCUGAGUGACACAGAGAUCCACAAUGAAAUUAAUGUGUUCAUUAUGAAGUGAACAAAUUGCUGAGGGGCUACUAUUCGAUAUGUCAGAGCCCUCGUGUUCUUCAUCGAAGAGAGAGACGUGCAAUGGGGCACUUGAGGAGAAACCUGGGGUCAAGAAGAAAUGGGAUAGUUUUCAUAACUGGUUACACUGCAUCUGUGUUGUCACUUUUGAUUUGGAGCUGGGACAGGCUGUAGAGGCAAUUUAUCCGAGUCACGUGAAACUAUCGGAAUCAGAAAGAUCAAAUGUCUGUUACCUCGCGUUUCCAGACUCAAACUCUGGGUGCAUGGGUGACACCCAGUAUCACGUUAGACUUCGACAGAAUUCGAAUUUCUCGACACGUGAACCACUAGCACUCAAAGAGUACAACAGAAAGUCACCGAGUUUUCUCCAGUUCGAUAAGGAUUUCUACUGGGGAUAUGUAUACUUCAGACAAGUUAAGGAUAAGACUCUACCGAGGGGCUAUUUCCAAAAGAGCGUUGUUCUCAUAUCGAAACUACCAUUCGUCAAUUUAUUCACCGAAUUGUGUGCUUUACUUGCUCCUGAGUUUUUCGACGCUGGAAACACAAUUAUGGAUGUUGCAAUUCGUGAAAUUGACCACUGGCCAGAGCCAUUGCCAGGACAGCUGAUACAUCUCCCGCUUUUAGGAGUUCUCUUUCAGACAUAUAUUCCAAACACGAAUUACAAGGCAGCAGUACCUUCAGUAAGCGCAAUGGAAGCAGUAAAAACCUCGAAAUGCGUAAAUUCUCUUCGCAGGCUGAUAGUAGCGUCUGCCUACGAAAGUGACAUGUUCCAAAGUCUAUCCAACGUAGUGAGCCACGUGCACCUUCUCUGGGAGUUGGUUCUCCUCGGUGAGCCAAUAGUAGUGAUGGCGGGCUCCCCAACGACCUGCGCGGAAAUGGUUCAAGCUCUAGUAGCGACAAUAGCACCCCUGAAAUAUUGUGCAGACUAUCGUCCAUACUUCACUAUCCACGAUUCCGAGUUCAAGGAGUACACAAUGGACGCACCAACACCUCCAGCAGUGAUACUGGGUGUGACUAAUCCAUUCUUCGCCAAAACAUUGCAACGAUGGCCACAUAUUAUACGUAUCAGUGACGUGUCAAGCUCCGAUAAUCAAAAAUACCGAAUUAAGAAGUCUGAGAGUUUGAAGAUACUCGAUUCAAAGCCAGGUGUCUACACGCAGUAUAAGACAUUUUUGCAGAAGGAUAAGGUGAUUUUGAAGAAAUUGCUGAGGGGAACGCAGACCAAGAGACCUAGGGAAGUGCAGACAGCACUUUUGAAGAGGCAUUUGAUGGAUCUCACUGAGAGCUUCAUGAUUCCUCUGGAGAGAUAUAUUGCCAGUUUAAUGCCGUUGCAGAAGAACAUAUCGCCGUUCAAGGCAACUCCAAUACCUCACAUGUUCAACCCAGAAGAUUUCCUAGCCACUCUACCUACUGCUGGUCCUCAGUUAACGAUAGGAAUCAAGGGUGACUGGGUGGGACUGUACAAACGAUUCUUCAGGACUCCAAAUUUCUCUGGAUGGUUCCUCUCACGUUACACUGAAUUAACAUUGAAGUUGCAAGCUCUGCAACUUGAAGCGCUUUCUCAAGCGGAUCUUAAAAAUUGGGUCCAGGAUAAACAAGAAGUAGAAGUAGUCGACAUGAUUCUACGUAUUCGUCAAAAAUUAGAAAAAAGUUACGAUGAAGAUGUGCCAAUUACUCAAACUGUGCGUGAAAAAUUGUGCGAAAGGAUAGAUGACAUUACAUUAACACUGCCGGAAGACUUGAAGAUUAUACUCAGUCGAGAAUCCUGACGUUUCACCAAUUUUUUAUUUUUUAUCAUGAAUUUUUUAUUUACGUUUCCAUUAUCUAUAAGUUUUUGAUAUGGCAAUUCAAUUAAAUUGAAUCUUAUGGCUGAAUUCCUAUUUUUUUAAACUUUAUUUGAAAAUCGAGAUCUGUGAAGUCGUAUGUAUUGUAAAUAAGGAAAAUUAAUACAAUCAUUACGUAGAGUUUCAUAUUUGUUGAGCAGCACUUUGUUAACAACUUAUACUCAUUUGGGCGUAAACUUUGUAUAUAACUUCAGAUUUGAUAUAAUUAUUUUCCUCGGUUCACUAGGAUUAAUCAAUGUAAAAUGCGUAAUCUCACUGUAGACACCAUCAGUGUAGGAAAAGUUGAGAAAAAUCUCAGAAAUGUAAUAUGAGGGUACAAGAAUGGCUGGGCGAAUAUUGAGAUCAUUAAAAUAUUUAUUUUAUUAAAAAA